GGGUGACUACUCUCUAUCUGCUGUGCUAAAUUAGCACGGCAGCUUUUAGCGCUCCCCUGGGGUAACCCCAGGCACUUUCCACUACAAAUAGUAACAGCAUACUUCAGCGUCGUUCCAUUGCCAACGUGUGUGCCCAGUGGUUAGUAGGCUUGUGAACUAGUUGUGAUGCUGUCUGAUGGGUGCUUUGACGAGAAACGCUUAGCAAGAGGAGAGCUGCAGAGAAGAUUACUCCUGGUUGUAGUCGGUUGCUCUGUCUGUCUGUGUCCAUGUAGUACUUGCACAGCCUAGUCUCAGAGUGGAGUACAGCCUAUUCUGAGAGAGAGAGAGAGAGCAGUCCAGUCUAGUCUUAGAGAGCAGUACAGCCUAGUCUGAGAGAGAGGGAGCAGUCUAGUCUAGUCUUAGAGAGCAGUACAGCCUAGUCUGAGAGAGAGAGAGAGAUAGAUAGAGCAGUGUAGCCUAGUCUCAGAGUAGUACAGCCUUGUCUGGGAGUAAAGACACAGUCUAGUCUCAGAGUAGUACAGCCUUGUCUGGGAGUAAAGACACAGUCUAGUCUCAGAGUUCAGUGUAGUGUAGUAUAGUGCUGGCAUUGUGUGGCAGUGUGCACUGAUGUGUAUGUGACUGGGAGAACUGGACAUUGACAACGAGACAAUGAGUGACAUGAUUGCGAAUGCGAUGGACCCGGAGUACAUGCCUAGAGAUCUUCCACGGGCCAGCACACUACCUGAAAACCAACACAAUAUACAAAUCCUUCGGCGGGCAGACCCUGAGAUGCGAAAGAGAGUCUUCUCGGUUAGAUUGGAACCUGAUGUUCGGAAGCUCUACCCUCUCAACUAUCAGCGGAUAUUGGGUGUGCUGGUUGGCUGGGAGGUUGAAGAUUUGUUUGACAUGCUAGCAGAUGGCUGGCUUAUGAAGUCUAAAGUGGAAGAAGUGGCAGUGGACCUUGGUGUGGCAGGAGAAAGGGACACUCUGGAUUAUCUGGGUGAUGUACUCAACAACAUGAGGCUUGAACAGUCAGGGACUUUAGACCUCCCACCGCCACCAGCAGCAGCAGCAGCAGCCUCACCUGCACAGCAGCAGGAUUAUCAAUUUCAGCGCGGUGCGCGCCAGGUGUCCAGCAGACUGUCCACAAGUGCCGCUGAGUUCAUACCGCAGAGCUUCAUGCAACAACAACGGGCCAUGCAGGCAACACUGCCGCCCGACAACAAUGACCUUCAAGUCGGCGAUGCGUCGUCGUCCGCAGGUUCCUUGAUGCACCAGGGUGGUGACCCUUCGCUCACAGGUGUCAAAUCUACUCAUUAUGAUCAGAUGCUGCCGCCGAUGGAUCAGCCACCGUCACCGCAGCCGUCUUCUGGUGUUGCUACUGCUGUUAAUGCUGUUAAUGGUGUUAAUGAUGGUGGAGGUGAUACUAGAGGUGAUGAGAGGGCCCUGCCGACGUGGAAUGCUGAUCUUGAAGAUCAUCUGCGUGAAAUUCUCGGACGAGAGAGACAUGUUAUGAUGGACAUGGAUGAUGUUAGGCUUCUGAAGGAGCGGGUAAAGCGUCAGCUAGACAUUGUGCCGGGUAUGACUGACUCUGCGGAUAACCCAGGGCAACUUGUCCAGGUUCUCGUCAAAAUGAAUGAUGUCUUGGAUCGGCAAGCUAAACACCUCGCUGAGCGCAGAAAUCUACUGCAACUCCAGCAAGCAGAUCAUGACAAGCUGUGUGAUCUUGCACACGAGCACAGGGAUGUGUUGGGCAAGUUAGAUAAGCUUGCGCUUUCCAGUGGUCCACUGCUAACUGAUGGUCAGCAGCAGCAGCAGCAACUGCUUCCUGGUCACCAGCGGCAACAGCAGGCACUGACAAUUGCACCACAGCAGGAUGAUCUUCCACAGCACCCCAAGCAGCAGCAGCAGCAGCAAGAUAGUUCCUCACGCACACCUAAACAAAAACAACAGCAGCGGAGACAGCAGCAGCGACAGCAGCAGCGACAGCAGAAGCGACAGCAGCAAGACGGUACAUUGGAAGCACAACAGGCAGAGCAAAGGAGACCUCAGACCCGGUCACAGACAGUGCAGCCAUCAUCAUCACUAACGGUGUCGUUAUCGACAAGAGACCACCGCGACCGCUCCAUACCUCCUGGAUACUAUGCCCAAUAUCAUAAUGCAGCAGCAGCAGCAGCAGCAGCACUAGCUCCAAGACACGCUGCUCCUCAGGCAAUGACAAUGCCGGGAAUGCCGGGAAUGCACACAAUGCCGGGAAUGCACGCAUUGCCACAUUGGAACGUGUCUGCUACUGCUGCUGCUUCUGGUGCCUACUCUCCUCUUACGCAGCGGCAGACAUAUCCUUAUUUGGCAGCAGGCAAUCAUGGGUGUCUCACUAUCCUUCUUGAUAGGACCAUAUUAUUAGCUUAUCAGUGUGCGGAAGCCGCAAAGGCUUAUCAGCAAGCCGCAGCGGCUUAUCAGCAUGUAGUAGCAGCAGCGGCUGCUGGUCAAGCAUUACCUAGCUACGCACCGUCACCGUAUC